AUGGCGUCCUCCCUGCUUGUCGGGGAGCGGCUGCAGCGGGCCCUGGGCCCCGGCGGGGAACUAAAGGGAGAGUUCCUGCCUCGGGAGCUGCGGGCUCGACUGGAGACGGCGCUGGAGAAGAAGGCCGAGAGGGGCGACAACGGAGACCUAAGGCCCGUAGUGCCCUUCCGCCUGUUCCUCGAGCUGCACCGGCACUUGAGGCAGCAUGGCUCUUCUGUCUUCCUUCAUGAGCUUCUGGAAGGCAGUGAAAUCUAUCUCCCCAAGAUUGUGAAACCCCCAAGGAAUCCAGAACUGGUUGCCCGCCUAGAGAAGAUAAAAGUUCAGCUGGCCAAUGAGGAAUACAGUCGGAUCACCCGAAAUGUUUCCUGCCAGGCCUCAAAGCAGAAUGGGACUCUAGCUGGCUUGGGACAACAAGUGAGGUCAGCAAAGGCCUUGGUCAUCAACAUCUUCAACUUCUUCGUCACUGUGGCAGCAGCUUUUACCUGCACCUACCUAGGAAGCCAGUACAUCUUCUCAGAAAUGACAGGGAGGGUGCUGGCUGCUGUGAUUGUUGCCUCUGUAGUGGGGCUGGCUGAGCUUUAUAUCAUGGUACGAGCCAUGGAAGGAGAACUUGGAGAGCUUUGAUAAGAAUUCUUCCCCUACUCUGAUAGGCAUGGUGGUGGACAUGGUGGACAGAGACAUUUGCUCUGUCUUCUCCCACCUUCGCUACAAGAAUUAACACCUGCCAGCCCACCUCGCACCUUUAAAACCUCAACACUCCGUGUCACUCACUGGGGGGGGGCAAUGGACUCUUCUCUGCAUAUGGUCUUGUAUUAAGGUCCAAAGAAGAAUGCUGGAGCUGCCACCACAACCACUGCCUCAUCUUUGCCCACUCCCCAACUCAAACAGUAUCUUAGCUUUUCACAACCUUGAUAUAAACCUAGCCAAUGGCAUCAAGAAUGUCUUAGGGCCAAGGUCACUGCCCACCGCAAGGUGUGCUUAUGUGAAAGAAAAACAGAGCAGAGAAUGCCAAGGCAAAAGAAAACCUUUGAAUCCAGCCUCUAACUAGGACCUUGCAAAAGAAUUGCCUUUUGCUGAUUUUACUUCCUGCCUUUAUUUUGACCCCAAGAUUUCUUCUUGCCCUUCCCUUCAUUCAUCUUUGAGUGUUUGUAGAUAUGUUUCCCUCUCCUUGGUGUUCUUGAGGCUUUCUGUCUUCUUAGCACCAUGUACUCUUGCUUCCAACAAUAGGGAGAAAGUAGUGGUAAAACCUGUUUAUUUUUAACCACAUAAACCCCUUCUUUGGCUCCUAUUUGUGUUUGGGGGAAAUGCCGCCUAUGAAUCCUCUCUAGUCUUGAAAGAAUGUACAGUCAGUUCUUAUUUCAAAAAAUGCAAAUUUGUUCUAGUGUGAUAGAUAUAUUAGGGAAUAAUUUGAGCAUAACACAGAUUUUGUGUUUGCUCAUGUGCCCUUUCAUCCAUGAGAAACUUUAAGAGACCGAAAAAACCAGGCCCCUUUGCAGGAACUCGCAAGCAUUCAGCCUUCCAACACCCACUUCCACAGGCAAACUGCCGGUCUUUUCCCAAGGUGAGAUACCAUAUAGUUUAUGGUACAGUAGGAUCUUCGAGUUGAGAUGAGCUGGUCUGUCUCUACCCCUUCCCUCACAUUCCACUAUGGACAAGAUACACCCCCCCACUUGACCUAAAGGUUCCAUCCACUGAAACCACCUUCACCUCACCAGCAAUUGGACCUUGCCAGCCAGGGUCCUGUGGGGGCCUGUCUGCAGAUACUGCUACCAUUUACUCCAGUAUUUAUGUAUUUCUUAACCAUUUACUAUGUAUAAAACUGCUACAAUUUU